UUGCCUACUCUGAUCUGUGCCGGUGCAGAUGUGUGUCGCCAGUGCCAAACGUCCAAGCAAUGCAGUCUCCUCUGCCGUUGCUGUCAGUAGCAAAUCAGUUUUUGGGAACGUUCAUCGCGAACCUCAUCUCACUUGCUCAUGGCUUCACACUCGGCUGGGUGUCACCUUCGCUAGAGUAUUUGCGUUCAAACGAUACGCACCUCGUUGGAGGACCGAUGACAGUCGAAGAGACAUCCUGGCUGGGUGCAUCACUCUGCAUCGGUGGAAUGAUCGGUGUAACUCUGUUCGGAUCACUUGCUGAUCGGAUAGGCAAACGGAGAGCUUUACAGUGCAUUGCGAUCCCAAAUGUGGCAUUUUGGCUGUGCGUUAUCUUGGGAAACAGCGUCCUCCAGCUUUGCAUAGGUCGUGUACUGGCCGGUGCUGCCGGUGGUGGUAUCUUCCGCAUCACACCACUCUUCGUAGCCGAUAUUGCGGAUCCUCGCAUUCGCGGCAUGCUUGGAUCAUUGCUACCCGUCUGCUUCAACGUCGGCACUGUGCUUGCGUUCAUCCUCGGAACACUGGUGCCUUUUAAGACGUUUCCUCUAGUAGUACUAAUACUACCGGGACUCUUCUUAAUAGCCAUCAACUUUCUACCAGAAACACCUGCCUGCUUACUACGUGCCUAUCGGAACGAGAAGGCGGAACGUUCGCUCAUGUUUUACCGAGGCGUGCGAGGACACUUUGAAAAGCCAGAUUCUUUCCGGACUGAGUUCCAACAGCUAAAGGAUGGGAUAGAACGCGAAAGGACGGCCUCGGAUGCUGCUCUAUCGUGGAAAGAUUUCGCCACGAAACCUGCCCGCCGAGGUCUAGCGAUGGGAAUGUUCCUUAUGGCCCUGAACCAAAUUAGUGGCUCACUAGCCCUUAUUACAUACGCUAGCACUAUCUUCAAGUUGGCCAGUCCACCACCAUCAGCAACCACUGCACAGCACACCGUUCUACUUCCUGCUUCACUAUCCUCCAUCGUCCUGGCCACGGUACAACUGCUCGGAACGAUUGUUUCACUCGCGCUAGUCGAUCGGAUAGGACGCAAGUUCCUGCUGAUCGUAUCGUGCCUUGGCGUGACCGUCGGAUACCUCACACUGGCCGGUUACGUGCAGUUCUUCCUACCCUCGGUAGACUCAUCCUCCGCCGUGAGCCAGUUCCUGCCCAUCUGUAGCCUUUCGUUUAGCAUCCUGAUGGCCUCCAUAGGAUUGCUUACCGUACCGUUCAUCGUGAUGGCCGAGGUGUUGCCGUCGAAGAUAAGAAACAUGGGCAGCACAAUCAGCAUGACGAUGGUCGCUGCGUCCGCGUUUGUGGUGCUCAAGGUGCGCAUUAGAUGGAGUUCGCGCUCAGCAUAA